AUGGCAGCAGGUUUUUCUGGGCCAUGGUUUGUCGGUGGGGAUUUCAAUGAUGUUCUAGACCCUUCUGAGAGGAUUGGCAACAGGAAUUUUAAUCAGAAUCGCGACGUCUUUGGAAAUGUCUCCCAAAACAUCAAAGCCGCAGCAGAAGCUUUAGAUCAGCUAGAGGGUUCAGCCCAAUCUCCUUUUUCGAACAUCAACUCUCAAGAGAUUGCGGCAGCCAGAUCCAAGUUGGCUCGUAUCGAACUAGCAAGAGAGAUUUUCUGGAAGCAGAAAUCUCGCAACAAGUGGCUUACUGAAGGCGAUAAAAACACCAAAUUCUUCCAUUUAUCAGCCUCUAACAGGAUUAGGAAGUCGUGCAUCUUCCAAAUCAAGCUUGACUCAGGGGUUACGUCGACCGAUCAAGAGACGAUUAAGCGGGAAGCUGUCAGCUUCUUUCAAACAUUGCUGACAGCGCCCUCUUCCCCUAUUGGUUGCCCGCCUGCAGAUCCAGCUGAGUUCUCUAUCCCCUCACUUAUUUCGGAGGAGGAUAACGCAAUCCUCAUGCAGAUCCCAUCCUUGGAGGAAGUUCGAUGCGCGGUGGUUGCUAUUCCACAAGACGGUGCUCCUGGGCCUGAUGCCUUCUUUGGUGCGUUCUUUACUAGCUGCUGGGACAUUGUGGGGGCUGAUAUCCACAAAGCUGCGGUAGAAUUUUUUCAAGGGGGAGAGAUUCCUUGGGCCUUCACCUCCUCCCUGAUUGCCUUGAUCCCAAAGUCUACUGGGCCGAAAUCUUUCUCGGACUAUUGCCCCAUUAGUCUAUGCAACUGUAUUUACAAGAUCUUCACAAAGAUUGUGGUGGCCAGGCUAAGUUUCAUUUUGCCUAAGCUGAUUUCCAAAGAACAAGGCGUGUUCGUUAAGGGAAGAUUAAUUGCGGAAAAUAUUGCCAUUGCCCAUGAAGUUUUCAGAGAAAUCAACAGGAAGGUUAGAGGUGGGAAUCUCUUGUUAAAGCUGGAUAUGGAAAAGGCUUAUGACAAAGUGGACUGGUCUUUCCUGAAACGGGUCCUUCUUCGAUUCAGUUUUGCGCCUCCCUAG